AUGACGUUCGCAGUUCUUCUUUCUAAGCGCCGGUGGGAUGAGGAGGAGGGGAAGGGGGCGGGUGCUACACCGGGGCGAGGGCUGCGCAGGUGGCGCCACUGCAGCUACCAUUGCCUUCAACUGCUGGCGGCGCGCGCGCUGCUCUUCAUGCAGCUGCUGGUGCUGGUGCUGCAGAUCGUGGCGACGCUGGCGCUGGAGCCGGCGCACCACCGCGCGCUGCUAGACCAGGGGCUGCCCGACGUGCUGUCCCAGCUGCUGCUGCCCUCGGACGAGUGGUACUACACCAACCACAGCACCAAGUACGCGCGCUUCGUCAAGCACCACGCCGGCCGCUCGCUCGUCUACCUGGGCCUCCAGCACCGCGUCAACCUCAGGUUCAGCGUCUUCGAUAUCCUGCAAGAUGAGGCGCCGCCGCCCACGCCGCUGCUGGAGUCGGUGGAGGACACGUACAUCCAGCUGACGUCCGCGCCGCCGGCCAUCGUCACCUGCCCGCGCACCGACCUCCCGCUGGGGCUGUCAGUGGAGGGCGCCGUCAUGUACGCAUCACUAGGGCAAAGUGUGACAACAGCCGAGCUGUCUACUCUGCACUGGGUAGUUAGCGGCAGUGCUUACGGACCAUCCAGCACACUCGGACGACAAGGGCUGCCCGCGCCGCCGGGCGCGCGCCGUCCGCCGCCUCCGCAGCUGCAGGCGCCGGCCAGCUGCCCGGCGCGCUUCGUGCACACGUUCGUGUCGUGCUUCCCGGCCGUGCUGAGCCCCGUGGUGCUGCUGCGCCUGCUGCUGCACCGCCUGCUGACGACGGCGGCGCCGCUGCAGCGCUGGAAGAGCUGCGCCAGCCGCUCGAGCUUCGCGUCGGCGUCCGCCGCCUCGGCGCACGACGCGCCGCGCAGCCCGCGCUCCAGGGCCUCCUCCACCGACACCGAGCCCAGCUCGCUGCGCAGGCGCCGGAAGGUACGCAGCGCCGCGGCGACAAAGGCCAUGAAACUCCGCGGCCGCGCCGCCGCCGGCCGCCGCCGCCGCCACACGCCGCGUCGCCGGGAGUGCUCGGGUGAAGCGAAGUCAGGCAGGUUCUGCAGCUGGCGCUGGAACCAGGAUCGUCCUGCUCGGGGGUCCCGCGCCGGCCCGCCGCCCGCCCGGCCGCCGCCGCCCGGCCGCCGCCCCGCCGCCGCUGCGACGCCGCCUUGCGAUGUUGGCGGUGCGACUUGGAGCGCCGCCUUUGUUGCUUGGCGCAGGCGGAGAAGCGAACGACGGCCCGCGGCUGUGGUGCUGUGGAGCGGGUUGUUGAGCGCCCGCCUGCGGAUGCGGCACACAUGUCUGGUACUCUACAACCGUCUGGAAACUAUUGAAGAGGGUGUGAAAAACACCAAGUGA